GAGACCAUCCCAGAUUGAAAGAUCCAGAACUAACGGCAUACCGUCUUGCCCCCCGUUUCAAUUUUCCGACCGCUUGAAGAGGAAAUCGUGAAGUUCCGGCAAGAUGGUGGUCGCGUCGAAGGUCGUGUUGAGAACGCAACGGGAUUGGAGGCUUUGGCUCUACAUGAUCAAGGGGUCAGCAGAGGCCAAAAAGGUCUGGAAAUACUUCGACCCGGACCAGGAGGAGCCGGAGCCACAGGAACCGCCGCCCCUGGGACUCUCCGAAAUCGGCUGCAGUUCAUGGGAGGAGGUCAAGGAACGAGGGAUGGAGGGAGUGUGGGAUAGGGCUGAAGCCCUGUAUUCCAGGACCUCUCGGGCAUUCGAGAAUACGACAAAGGCGAUAGGGGAGGUCCAUGCUCUGAUCCUGAAGACAGUGACAAUUGAAAACAUGAGACCUGUCUUGGACGCGGAGAGCAAGAAUGGUAUAUUAAGAAACCUCCGGAGCCACUUCCACUCGCAAGAGAUUAUCAGGCGUGAAGAUAUCAAAAGGCGCUUCCGCAAGCUCUAUACACCCAGCGAACCCAAGAUGGAGGUGGAUGCUUGGGUGAAGGAAUGGCAGGAUGUUGUCUCAGAGGGAAGAUUCCUGAAGAUGCCUUGUUUCGAAGAGGAGCCGGCUCUGGGGGACUUCCUCCGGGCAGCAUGGAGGUAUUCGAAUAUAUGGGCUGAGGCGGAGUUGGCACCCCUCAUGUUACUCAUCAGUCUUCUGGCGGCCUCCUGCCUGGCUUCAAGUCUGCAUGCGUUGCCAGGAUCAAUCCUGGUUGAAUCCAAUACCAACCAUCUCCGGUUCACAAGCAAUGGCACCUUCCAACUGACCGUUUUUGAGGAUCUGCAUUACGGAGAAGCGGAGGACACCGACUGGGGACCAGAACAGGAUGUCGAAAGCAGGGGUGUGAUGAACACCGUCCUCGACAAUGAAAGUCCCCAGUUGGUCAUUCUAAACGGUGACCUGAUUACCGGAGAAGACACAUAUCUAUCCAAUGCCACCGACUACGUGGAUGAGAUCGUGGUUCCUCUCAUAGAACGCAAUCUCCCAUGGGCCUCUACCUACGGCAACCACGACAGCGACUAUAACCUGUCGCGGAAUGCGAUCCUGGCUCGAGAACUGUCUUACCCGAAUAGCUUGACGAAGAGCAUGGUGCCUGGAAAGCUUGCAGGCGUGUCGAACUACUAUCUACCGGUGUAUCCAUCCGAUUCCUCGAAGAGCACCCCGGCUUUGAUCAUGUGGUUCUUCGACAGUCGCGGAGGAAAUUAUUACCAGGAAUUGAAAGACGGGAAUGAAGUACCGCAGCCUUGCUGGGUCGAUGAAUCGGUCGUCACAUGGUUCACCAAAACCAAUGCCAACUUGGCCAAGCAAUACGACACAAUUAUACCCUCCAUCGCCUUCUUCCACAUCCCGGUAAAUGCCAUGCUUGCGUUCCAGAACCAAGGUGUCAGCGUCCACGAAGAGCCGGGCAUCAAUGCUGAUGAUCCGUUAGAUCAGCAGGGCUCAGCCAGCGGACAAGGGGAUGUCUCCGGAACGGUAUUCAGCUACUCGGGCCAAGACAUCCCAUUUAUGGAAGCUCUGCUCAACACUAAAGGCCUGAUGGCAACUUUCAGCGGUCACGACCAUGGUGAUGACUGGUGCUUCAAAUGGGACUCCAAACUCCCCGGAAUGAACCUCACCGGAAACGGCCUGAAUCUGUGUUUUGGACGCCAUAGUGGUUAUGGGGGGUACGGGUCCUGGACUCGGGGGGCGAGACAGAUCUUGUUGAAUGAGAAAACCCUCGGUGAGCAGGUGUCCACCUGGGUGCGCUUGGAAGAUGGGUCCGUUUCGGGCACAGUCACUCUUAACGCGACGUAUGGGGAGGAUUGGUAUCCGGCUGUGCCUACAACGUAUACCUGA